GUCUCCUAAUUAAACCCUAAUCACCGUAUGUUAUAUAUACUCCCACAAACCUCAAAAUUCAUGCCGUGUAAAUUGACUACUAUAAUAAACUCUUGCCCUCUCGCACCUCUGCCGUCAUCAAGGACAUCUCUUAAUUUCCUCCAUCUCCUGGUGCAUCUUUUGUUUCUCCUGUUGCAAUUCACUCGCUGGCUAGUUUAAAUAGAGCUGAGUUUGACCUUCCCCUCUUAUUUUCAUGUCGACGGGGAUUACUAGGUGGUUCUUCCGAAUUAAGAUUCCGUACCUUGAGAAAUCAGGCGCGUUAAAGGUUGGUAAAAGUACUUGGCUACGAGUGAGGAGACGCUUAGAAUAACCACCUAGUCAAGAGACAAUUUCUAUUUCAGUUUAAGUUUAAGUUGGUUUUUGUUAUUCAUUUUAUGGGAAUUGGUUGUAGUUUUUAUGGGGCACCUUUUAGACCACUUAGUUAAUUUUGACUUUAAUGAUUUUAAAUUGUUUUGUUGCUUUGCAUUUAUUUUCUAUGGAGAAUAAAUGUAGCAGUGACACUCCCAAGGUUUGGACGAUUGUUUUACGAUAUAAAAACAGGGUUUUUGAUUAUAUAAAAGGUCCAAAUUUUGGGGGUGUUACACCAGUGGUGACCUCUGAGUGGUUGUGUAAGCAUAUGUUGGGGGAAAUAGAGGCAAAUCCAGAGAUUCCAGUGGAGACAUUGAGGAGGUAUGCACAGGAGAAGUUUCAGUUGAGGGUGAAAAAGAGGCUAUUGUACAAGGUCAGGAGUAUGGCAAAGGGAAAGCUGCAUGGUGGUUGGGCUGAAGCAUAUGAGCUGUUGCCUAGAUAUGCUGAGAUGAUUAAGCAAACAAACCCAGGGAGUCAUGCACUUAUAACAUGGGGGGCCAGUAGUGGGGAUGUGAACCCAAAAUUCAGAGCUUGCUUCUUCUCAUUUGCUGCACAAGUCAGGGGGUUUCUAAGGGGUUGUAGGCCCAUAAUUGGAAUAGAUGGGGCUCAUUUAAGUGGUUUCUACAAGGGCAUUCUACUGACAGCAGUUGGCAUAGAUGGGAACAAUGAAAUUUUUGUUCUUGCCUAUGGGAUAGUAGACACUGAGAGUUGUGACAGUUGGACCUACUUCAUGAGAUGUUUGAGGCAAAUGUUUGAGCAGGAGGGUUGCAACAGAGAUGAUUGGACCUUCAUCAGUGAUAGGAUGAAGGGUGUUGAGUUGGCAGUUAGAGAAACUUUUCCUAGAGCAACUAGGAGAGUUUGCUGCCAACACCUUUACAUGAAUUGUAAGAACAAUGGCUUCAGUGGAUCUGCAUUCCACAAGCUCUUUUGGAUAGCUGCUAAUGCAUACAAUGAGUAUGUGUUUGGUAAGGCCAUGGAAAAGAUCAGUGAGUACAAUGCAAAUGCCACUGCAUACUUGAACAGCUGCAUUGAGCAGUGGUCUAGGCAUAAGUUUGACUCUACUGUUUGUUGUGAUCACAACACAACAAACUUUGUGGAGUCAUUCAAUGCAUGCACAAAGCCCUUCAGAGACAUGCCUGUCUUCUCAUUAUUGGAAGCAAUCAGAAGUUGGUGUAUGCAGAGGGUGGGGGCUAGAUUUGACAAGGCAGUUGACAUGGAGGAAGGUCAGCUCACUGCAUAUGCAUUGAAAGAGUUAGAGGAGAGGACAGCUGAGUCCAGGUUAUGUUAUGCCACAGCAUGUGGAGGGGGUGAAUUUGAGGUUAGGGAUGGACAUGUCAACUUUCCAAUUAGGCUUGCAACAAGAAGUUGUGCCUGUGGGAAGUGGCAGAUCUGUGGAAUCCCCUGCAAGCAUGCACUGAGGGUCAUAUAUGACCAAAGGAUGAACCCCCAUGAUUUCAUAUCCCCAUGGUUCAAGGCUGCUGCAUACAAGCUAACCUAUGCAGAACAUAUUCAUCCUAUGGCAGAUCCAUCUCAGUGGCCUGACUUUGGCCUUCCUUCCAUUCAGCCUCCAACCAUCAAAAGACCAUCUGGCAGACCUGCUAAGAAGAGAAAGAGAGGGGCAAAUGAACCAAAGAAAGGGAAGAGGAACACAAAUGUGAAAUGUGGAAAGUGUAGAGAGUUUGGUCACAACUCAAGAACAUGCAAGAGUGGAGGAACAAGUGCCACUGGACCAAGCACUUCAAAGAGUGGUGCAGCAGGAGCAAGUACAUCAAAUGGGGGACCAAACACAAGGAAGAGGUCAAAGGCAGCUGCAUAGUCACCUCAGUUGGCUAUAUUUUGUGAAUUGUAGUGCACAAAGCUAAACUAACUUAGUCAAAUCAGUUUAGUCAGAAUCAGUUUAGUUAGAAUCAGUUUUUGGGAACAGUUGUGCAGAGAU